GAAACUGCCGUGCAUCCAGACACCUGUUCAGCAGACAACCCUUGUCAACUCGUCAUGAAGCAAGACUUAAAAACUCGUUUCAGCCUUCAAGCUUUCUUCGCCACACUUCUUCGUCCAUUCAUGUCAGAUUCUCCUACUGACGUUCCUGGGCUUUUCGUUUUGGUGGAGAGCCGUACCGAUGUGGCAGCAUGGCAGACACUGCUCAUGUCUACCCAUCUUUCCCUACAAUGUAGGCUCAAACGGGCCACAUAUUGUAAAUGCAACCGUUACAAACAGCACGAGUUUCUACUCUUGCAUUUUCGUCAUUGGAAUUCUGAGUCCGCAGUUGCUACUGUGGUCAUAGAACGUGUUCCUAAGCAGGACCCCAGCGACAAUUCCUCGUCAAAACUCAUCCAUAAGUCCAAUUUAAUCUACCCUUCAGCUUCUGAAACUGCUGCCCAAGAUGCUGUAUAUACUUCUAGCCAGGGUUCGACAUUUCCGCAGUACCUUGCGGACGCCUACACUCCGUUUACCCAACUUCAUACGCUUGACUUCCCUCCUCUGGCAUGUCCGUCGGCAGCGCAGAUAUCAAUCCUCUUGUCUGUGGUGAAUGAACAAGCACCGAACUACCACCUAUACCAGAACCAGUGUUACUGGUUUGCAUUCACCGUGUGGGAGACUUUGAAAAAGCUCUUCCCGGAUUGCAUCGAAACGCACAACACUCCCAUUGACCAGCGCGCUCACUACUGUGGGCUUGCUAUCCGGAAGGCUGAUAGCGUGGAGGCUGUGUGCAGAGAUUACGGUGUGAGAUGGAGGAAUAUAGAGAAUGAAGAGGAGGAACUAAAGAGAAAGGCAGAUGAAGCUAAAGAGCGACAGCUCUACACGUCCGGUAUGGAGCAAGGUCUCGCACAAGGACAAGCGGAACGAGACCGACUGGAGCAAGGUCUCGCACAACUUGCGGCACAAGGACAAGCGGAACGAGACCGAAUGCAAACAGAAAUUAAUGAAUUGCGAGCAGCGCUCAGCGAAAGUACUAGAUAUUCUGCAGAACAAAAGAGCCGCACAUAGACUUUGGGCGCGGACAUUGGUGUGCGUCGAAUGGAGAAAAGAUUGCAGCAGCAGCGGCUCCCGGCAUGAUUGUAUAUUGCGAGGUCAUUUGGGUUCGGUCGCACACAGCAGCAUUUGCCGUGAUUUUCUUUCUUUCAGUCACUCGUGCAUGCACUCGUUUUAGCACAAAAUUUGUUGUACGAGGGGCUGACUUAGAAGUUGUGAAAUUGCUAUGUUUCGGAAAUGAUGUUGUAUUUCGUAGACUGCACAGCGUGCAUU